UUACGUGUUGGCUUGGGACAGGGACAGACACUGCUGAAGACGAGAAAGGCGAGAACUUCAGCCGGUGUUUAUCAGUGUGAAGCUAAAGGGAAGAGGUUUCUCCACGUAAAGAAUGACAGAUAGAAAACCGUGUAAGGUGUGCAACUUCACACGACAAAUGUCGCAUGGAUUGGUAGUUCCCUCCUUACAAGAGCUGAAAGUGAGAGGAUGUGAGAUUCUCGGGUUCAGCCCCAGUGACCCGGUCACAGUGGUCCUAGAGGAUGAUGGGACGAUAGUAGAAGAUCAGGCUUACUUUUUGUGUUUACCCUCAAACACAAAGUUCAUGCUGUUGCAUGAAAAAGAGACAUGGUCUCCUGUUCGUAGGGUUGAUGGUGGCACGGCCUGGAUGGCCAGGGAUUCUGUGAUCCUGGAGACGGAUACUGUGGACUCGUCCAGUGCUGCAGCACCCUGGUGGGACCUUGCUCAACAGCUGAAGCAAGACCUUGCCAGCAUCAUCCUCAUGUCUGAGGCAGACUUACAGACCUUAGUGGAUGCCCCAUGCCCUGAGCUAGCCUCUGCUCUGGGAUUCCAGGAGAAGAAGGCAGAGAACCUCCAGCAGACACUGCAGAGGGUUUUGGAUCGACGAGAGGAGGAGAGGCAGUCCAAGGAGUUGCUCCAGCUCUACCUCAAAGCUGUGGACAAAGAGGACAGACAGCAGGAAGAGCCAAGCCAGCCCAGACAGGGAGGGGCUGGAGACGUGGAUGUGCCAGACGGGAUGGAGGUGGACUCUGCAUCUGGAUUCAUGUCCCGGACACUGAUGGUCCUCAAAGGCAAAACAAGCCCAGAGACCAGACUCUCUACUGAGGAUCUGCAGAUGGUAGUGACCAGAGGGGUGGAAGCUAUGGAGAAGGUUCUGGGCUGGGACGGAGCGAGGACAUUGGCGCUGCUGCAGGCCUGCGAGGCCGAGCUGGCCAGACGGCUCCAGCAGGUUCAGGCUGUGCAGUCCAUCAGGAGCAACACGCAGCUGAACAGCAGCUGGCAGUCUGGAGAGAAGAGCAUAGAAACGCCAGGCCAAGGCAGCAGCUAGACCGAGGCUUCACCUGAGUAGAGACUGAUAAGAAAUCACACUACCUGCCUCCGGGUCAGUGAAUGAGAUUUACCUUGUGGUACUGAUAAUAAUACCAGGAUCCAUGAAUGUUAAUAAUGUUUGCAUAAUUUGGCCUAAACUUGCAAACCACUUGAAUGCUUUUGCCUCAAGAAGAAGCAGAGUGAUUUGCACAGUCAUGUUUAUCAAAGGCCUGUUGGCAUCAAAUUUCUAUUGGCUCCUUAUUUUGAUGAGUGCCACGCUGUAAAAAUAAUCACAGAUAAACAUAUCCAUGUGAAACUUAAAUAGUUCAACAUUUUUGGAAAUCUGCUUAUUUGCUUUCUUGCUGAGAGUUAGAUGAGAAGAUUGAUAUUGCUCCCACGUCUGUCUGCCAGCAUACAGCUAGCUUAGCCUAGCAUAAAGACUGGAAACAGGGAAACAGCUAGCCUGGCUCUUUGUGAAGGUAACAUAUUCUGCCUCCCAGCACUUCAUACAUUUACUAAUUAACACCUUAUAUCUUCCUGUAAUCUGCUGGUUGCCUGGCAACAUCACUGCGAUGACAAGCCCCCCCGUAAAACCGCAAUGGUAGAAAUACCAUAAUAUGAUGAGCGCAGGAACUUUCCACCCAAGGCAAAAUACCAAAGUAACUUGUACAGCACUACAUUAGAGUGGCAUGGAGUGCAGAAUCAUGCUGAGUAACAUUAUUUCUGAGAUGCAAAUGCUGACAUUGAAUUCUAUAUUUGUAUAAAAGCUAACUUUUCAUUAGUAAAUGCAUCUAUUUGAAUGAGGUACACAGACAAAUGUAUCAUUCUAACAAUAAAGACUCACAUAAGAUAAAAUGUAAAUCACUUCAUACAUGCAAGCCUCGCAGGACACAUUGUGGCUGACAUUGUGGGUAAUAUUUUGACAAUAUUUCUGGAUGAGAGCUCAUUUAAGGCCAUCUAUUUUAUACUAUUGUUCAAGUUAUGCAUUAUUUGUAGUGGUAGUGUGGUGUAAGACGGUGUGUACAAUGUGUGUACGUCUGAGUGACUCAUAGGUCAUGUAGAAGGUAGCUUUUGUCAUACCUGUCUCAUCAUCUGUCUCUUGAACAAUGAACACAAAUGAUGGUGGAUUUGAAUUUGCAGAAGGAUCAUAUUUUUGUGUUGCAGGGAGAAUGAAAUGUAAUUACCGGCUUGUACUUAAGUAUUAGAUACAGGGAAAAGUGAGGCAUUCAUAAAGAUUUCCUAUUUACUCAGUAUUGUGGACUGCAUGUAAGGUUAAGCCUCGGUUCAGCACGUUGUAGAAGAGAAAGUAAGAUGUGUGAGUUCCCCAACACGUUCACAAUUUUGUACAAACUGACUAAUGUUACAAAGGGAAGUUGUAUAUGACUGUACAGUAUGUGGAUUUUUUUUUUUUUUUUUUUUAAUAAACAGCUCGAACGGUGGUAGAAGGGAUUUUCUAAAAUAAACUAAUCCUCAAACUUUGA